AUGCCGGCUCUGCCAGCACUGCUGCUGUCGAUUUACGUCGCCGUCCUGCUGCUGACCAUGGCACCGCUCUCCUUCAGCCAGGCCAACAUCCUCUCUGCCGUCCGGAUGGCGGCCAUUUUGGACGAUCAGUCGGCGUGCGGUCGUGGUGAGCGUCUGGCGCUGGCUCUGGCGAGGGAGAACAUCAACAGCCUGAUGGAGGGCUCCUCCCGGGCGAGGGUGGAGGUGGACGUCUACGAGCUGCUGAAGGACUCCCAGUACGACACCACUGACACCAUGUGUCAGAUCCUGCCGAAGGGCGUGGUCUCAGUGAUUGGUCCCGCCUCCAGCCCCGCCUCCGGUUCAACCAUCAGUCACAUCUGUGGGGAGAAAGAGAUCCCUCACGUGAAGAUCGGUCCGGAGGAAACCCCCAAGCUGCCGUACCUUCGCUUCGCCUCGGUGACUCUUUACCCGAGCAACGAGGACCUGAGCCUGGCCAUCGGCUCCAUCCUCCGCUCCUUCGGAUACCCGACGGCCAGCCUCGUGUGUGCCAAAGCAGAGUGCCUGCUGCGAUUGGAGGAACUGGUCCACCGCUUCCUCAUCUCCAGGGAGACGCUGUCGGUGCGGAUGCUGGACGACAGCCUGGACCCGACCCCUCUGCUGAAGGAGAUCCGCGACGACAAAGUGGCCACCAUCAUCAUCGACGCCAACGCCUCCAUCUCCUACCACAUCCUCAGGAAGGCGAACGAGCUGGGGAUGAUGUCGGCCUUCUACAAGUACAUCCUCACCACCAUGGACUUCCCUCUGCUGCGUCUGGACGACGUGGUGGGCGACCAGUCCAACAUUCUGGGUUUCUCCAUGCUGAACAUCACUCAUCCUUUCUACCUGGAGUUCAUCCGGAGCCUCAACCUGUCGUGGAAGGAGGGCUGUGAUCUCAGUCCGUACCCGGGACCAGCGCUGUCAUCGGCCCUGAUGUUCGACGCGGUUCACGUGGUGGUGGGCGCCGUGCGGGAGCUGAACCGCAGUCAGGAGAUCGGAGUGAAGCCGCUGAGCUGCACGUCUCCGCUCAUCUGGCAGCACGGAACCAGCCUCAUGAACUAUCUACGCAUGGUGGAGUACGAUGGUCUGACGGGUCACAUUGAGUUCAACAGCAAAGGCCAGAGGACCAAUUACACCCUGAAGAUCCUGGAGAAACACCCUGGGGGCCAUAAAGAGAUUGGUACCUGGUACUCCAACAACACGUUGGUCAUGAACUCCACAUCCCUGGACCUCAACGCCUCGGAGACGCUGGCUAACAAGACGCUAAUCGUCACCACAAUACUGGAAAGCCCGUACGUGAUGCGUAAGUCCAACUACCAGGACCUCCAUGGAAACAACCAGUAUGAGGGUUUCUGUGUGGACAUGCUGCGGGAGCUGUCAGACAUCUUAAAGUUCUCCUUCAAGAUCAAGCUGGUGGACGACAGGGUUUAUGGAGCCCCGGAGCCCAACGGCAGCUGGACAGGAAUGGUGGGAGAGCUGAUCAACCGGAAAGCAGACCUGGCGGUCGCCGGCUUCACCAUCACCUCAGAGAGAGAGAAGGUGAUCGACUUCUCCAAACCCUUCAUGACUCUGGGGAUCAGCAUCCUCUACCGGGUUCAUCUGGGCCGUAAACCGGGUUACUUCUCCUUCCUGGAUCCGUUCUCUCCGGCCGUCUGGCUCUUCAUGCUGCUGGCCUACCUCGCCGUCAGCUGCGUCCUCUUCCUCGCCGCCAGGCUCAGCCCCUACGAGUGGUACAACCCUCACCCGUGCCUGCGGGAGCGGCGGGACGUCCUGGAGAACCAGUACACGUUGGGGAACAGUCUGUGGUUCCCAGUGGGCGGCUUCAUGCAGCAGGGCUCAGAGAUCAUGCCGCGGGCCCUGUCCACCCGCUGCGUCAGCGGAGUCUGGUGGGCGUUCACCCUCAUCAUCAUCUCGUCCUACACGGCCAACCUGGCGGCGUUUCUGACGGUGCAGAGGAUGGAGGCUCCCAUCGAGUCUCCGGACGAUCUGGCCGACCAAACCAACAUCCAGUACGGAACGAUCCACGGAGGCUCCACCAUGACCUUCUUCAUGAACUCGCGGUACCAGACGUACCAGCGGAUGUGGAACUACAUGAACUCCAAGCAGCCCAGCGUGUUCGUGAAGAGCACCGAGGAAGGCAUCGCCCGCGUCCUCAACUCCAAGUACGCCUUCCUGAUGGAGAGCACCAUGAACGAGUACUACCGCAGCCUCAACUGCAACCUCACGCAGAUCGGAGGGCUGCUGGACACCAAAGGAUACGGCAUCGGCAUGCCUCUGGGUUCUCCGUACAGAGACGAGAUCACUCUGGGGAUCCUACAGCUGCAGGAGAGCAACAGGCUGGAGAUCCUGAAGAGACGCUGGUGGGAGGGGGGCCAGUGUCCCAAAGAGGAGGACCACCGAGCCAAAGGUCUCGGCAUGGAGAACAUCGGUGGGAUCUUCGUGGUCCUGAUCUGCGGCCUCAUCAUCGCCGUCUUCGUGGCCAUCAUGGAGUUCCUGUGGUCGACGCGCCGCAGCGCCGAGACGGACGAGGUAAACCUUCAUCAUCACCCUCCUCCUCCUCCUCCUCCUCCUCCUCCUCUCUCGUCCUCCUCCUCCUGCCGCCCCGGCCUCAACCUCAGCUCAAACACCUCAGUCUCUGUUUGUCAGGAGAUGCUGACGGAGUUUCGAAACGCCGUCUCCUGUAAGAAGAGUUCUCGCUCUCGACGCCGCCGUCCUCUGAGCAGCGGGGGCGGAGUCCUGCGUCACCCGUCACGCCUGGCUCUGGCCACGCCCCGGCCCAUCCGCCUGGUUCGCGAGAUGCGCCUCAGCAACGGGAAACUCUACAGCGGCACCGGCUCGCUGACGGGGGGGCGGGGAGGUAUGGGAGGGUUUCCUGAUUUGGGGCCGGGGCCACAGAGGCUCCUGGAGGACCCACUAGGCGCCAACGCCACCACCAGCACGCCUCCUCCGGUGUCGGCCCUGGUGGCUCCGCCCGCCCCGCUGCGCAGCUUCCUGCAGGGCUGCAGCCACGUGCGGAUCUGUCAGGAGUGCCGGCGGAUCCAGAGCCUGAGGCCGGCCACGCUCACGCCCCCCGCCUCCUCCCCCUCCUCAUCCUCCUCCGCCUCCUCCUGCUCCCGGGUCCCUCCCCUCGGAGGUCACCACCUCCGCCACAACCCCCACCACCACCUCCUCUACCACCACGGCUCCAUGUCGCUGCCCCGCCUCCCACCACCGCCUCCUCCUAUCCCAGCAGACAGAGCCGACAGUGACGGUGGCGGGGCAGCGAGUCCACGGCUGGGCAACACCAAACCGCCGCCACCGCCGAGGCCGCUGCCUCCACCGAAGACUCCGACGCGCCCGCCGACGGACUUGCUGGUGGGGCACAACUGA